AGAUCAGGUACACACAGACAAGCAGAAACACCUGAACAAAGAACAUUACUGAAGCUCAACAUUUUUCUCAGCUCAGGGAUGGAACGAGGACUGAUCCUGUUGGCUGCUGCUGCUUUGAUGGUUUAUGUGGCUCCCGGUGUCCAAGGAACUUUCCAUCUGUCAUUUGCCAAUAACACAGAGGUAAACAUCACUCGAGAUGGUUGUGGGAUGAGUAAAUUGUGCGUGGAAACACCGGAUAACUGUGACCCAUCUACAAGCAAAACCUGUUCCUUUGCCUCCCUAACUGCUACCACUCCAGUGGCUCCAGAUGGCACCAAUGUGAGCUGUGAACUCAGUGGAUCCUCCAGUGGAUACAUGGCACUUGGACUCACUGCAAAUGCAUCAGAGGGUACCACCAUGCUUUUUAUCUGUGCUCAAAACAGCUCAAACAACGGGUCGUUUUUCUUCAGGACAAUGCAGAGAAACAACACUGAUGGUGCUCUCACUCCAACAGAGAGGAUUACCCGUGAAAUUCGAGGCACAGUGAAUGGCAGUGUUAUCAUGUGUGAGUUUGACAUCCCAAACGUGAAUGCCAGCAUGAUGAGAAACACCGCAGCCACUACCUUCAUGGUCCUUGUCGGGAAUGGAACCUUUGAUGGAACUAUGCUUGGCCCCUUCAACACCCUUGUGAACAGCGGCUCUGUGAACAUCGCCGACCCUCUUGCUAAUGUGGCCAACACAACAACAACAACUAUGGCACCCGGCAACGCAACGACAGCAUCAGGAUGUAACAUCAACCCGAAUGCCAUGCUGCUCUUCCUAAGCAUCUUUACGCUGCCUGCCAUGCUCAGAGCCUGAAACGUCCUGGAGGAGAACGCAGAUACCAGUUGGACACAAUGAAGCUGCUGAUGCGCUGGAUUUACGCACAGAGCAGAACUGAGUGUCGCCCUGAUAAGAUAUUCAUGCUGAAAGUAUUUUUACGCUUUGUUUGUACCCACGAUCUUAAUCUCUCUGCACACUUUUUCAGGUUUUGUCAACCAUAAUAUUCUUAGCAUAGCACCACAGAUUAAGACGAUAUUCUUGUUUUGUAAGGGUGGAAACAACCAGAAUAAUUUGACCUGGCGGCACAAGCUGAAACUGCUGCGGUUCAACUAGUUAGAGCUGUUUACCGGAAAAUCUUGGCAGGAAACUGAAACAGACAAAUAGCAUUCAUUGUUUGUGGGAACUCAACUCAAGCCAGGAUUGUUUUUGUUUUAAUAUUUAUGUGAAUGUAACUGUGACUUUGAAAUACUUGUUGAAGGAG